GCGCCUCUACUCAGCCCCCGGCGGCCCGGCGGCGGCAUGAAGUGCAAGCCCAACCAGACGCGCACCUACGACCCCGAGGGGUUCAAGCAGCGGGCGGCGUGCCUGUGCUUCCGCAGCGAGCGCGAGGAUGAGGUGCUGCUCGUGAGCAGCAGCCGCUACCCCGACCGCUGGAUCGUGCCCGGCGGCGGCAUGGAGCCCGAGGAGGAGCCCGGCGGCGCGGCGGUGCGCGAGGUGUACGAGGAGGCGGGCGUGCGGGGCGAGCUGGGCCGGCUGCUGGGCGUCUUCGAGCAGAACCAGGACCGCAAGCACAGGACCUACGUCUACGUCCUGACGGUCACGGAGAUGCUGGAGGACUGGGAGGACGCGGCCAGCAUCGGCAGGAAGCGCGAGUGGUUCAAGAUCGAGGAUGCCAUCAAGGUUCUCCAGUGCCACAAGCCCGUGCACGCCGAGUACCUGCAGAAACUCAAGCUGGGCGGCUCCCCGACCAAUGGCAACUCCGUGGCCCCGACCCUCCCCGCCGGCGAGCAUCCCUAAUGAACAACAAAGGCGAUCAGGAUUCCUUUGAAAGAAUCAUUGGUGUAAACCAUUGAUCACUGGAAUUAGCAAGUAAAGGCAAGCACUUCGUGUUUCCAAGGAGACAGUUCAUCUGGUUUUCCUCCUACUUCUUCAGACACUCUUUCCCUGUCUAUUCCACCAACUCCUGUUUCUCUUGCUAUUGUGAACAGACUCUUAAUUCAACACCUACAGCCUUUUGGUGUGCUUUAUUGACGUAUUUGCCUUUUCCAUUUUACUAUGAUAUAUCCUUAAGAGCAAGGACCAUGUUUCCUGACCCUUUGUGUAUUCCACAUUUAAGACACUACUUCAGUUAUGGUUGGCAUCACAGAAGGUUCUUUGAUCCAAUUCAUAUUUUGUAUAACUGUGUGGUAAAACAUUUCCUCUUUCAAUCUGGUGCUAGUAGAGUAUAUGCUGUCUAGGCACCAUGUGUGGCUUUUCUUUAUCAACAUUUCAGAAGCUUUCAAGGCAGUUAUAAGAUGUUCAAGGACUAUUAUUCAUUUUCUAUGGCAUAUCACACAACAGCUAGCACAGUCUAAAGGUUAUCCCAUCACUUAAGAUCAGUGUUUUAUAGAAUCAGUCCUUUGUGUAACAACUUCAGUGAUUUUUGUACUGUUGUUAAUUUGCUUAAAUUCUAUUCAGAAAUGUCAAAAAGUGACUGUAAAAAUAAAUAUAAUGAACACAAGAGAGUAUUGUGUUUUUAUAAGAAUAAAAUUUAAAAUGUGUAACUAGUAAAUUUGAUGUUUUUGCAAUGUCCAUACCACUUUCAUGUAAUAUUAAUAUUUCUGAUUUUUUUCUCAUUUUACAAAUCCAGUAUACUGUACUGUUGAUGCCACAGUCAACAAAAACCAUAGUGUAUGUAAUUAACUUUCCAAAGGUAAUCACACCACUUAGUUUGCCUAGUUUUUUUUUUUAUCUCUUAAGAUUCAGUUUUCAUCCUUUUUUCCAAUAGUCUUCAUUUCAUCUGGUUUCUGCAUGUGAGAAUGCAGAGGUCUGAAAGAUAACUAAACUGUUGUCACUUAGAAAAGACACCAGAGGGGUGGGGGAAAAAGUGUGUAGGGGAUAUUUAGAUGAGGACUUAGUUCAAGUUAUCUGUAAGAGAGCAACUGUAAGGAAACAACAGAAAUGUGAAUUUUUCUAACUUUCACAAAAAUGUGAAUUUUUGUAACUUUGCCAUGGGUGUGUGUGUAUAUGUGUGAUACCCCCACUACCCACCCCCAGCUUUCUGCAAAGGCCCCAGAGUGACUUUACUAAGGUAGGAAUUUUUUCUUUUGGUUUUUAAAAAGACAACAUCAUUAAAAAAAUAUGGGCUCUAUCUACUUUAGUGUUAUACUCUUCCUUAUGGUACUUGACAUGUAUUGAUAAUUCCAGUACUUAGAGAAUUUGAAAUAAAAACACAUUCUCCCA